UGAAAGGGGAAACUACGUAGAGACAGUUACGAGGAGUACGUGUCCGACAGUUGAGUUUAGUUCCAAAAUGGCUGUGUCCCAUUGUAGCUCCCGGUUACCUGUUUACGGUGUUCAUUAACGAGGUAGUGCAUUAAUUGCUUAAGCAGAGUGAAAUCGAAAACGGCUGGCUGAUAUUAAGAAACGAAAUAGGAUGAAAUUUCAAACAAGUGUCCAAGUAAUCUUCAUGAUUUUCUGCAUAAUCAUACUUCGGGAAAGCGUUGGUAGCCAUCGAAGAUGCGUAAACUGUAGGUCAAGAGGAGAACUCGGCUCAUGCAAGGACCCUUUCACUAUGAAUUCAACGCAAAUCGCGCUCGAGAAAGGCGUAGAGGCGCUGCCAUGUGUAUCUGGAUGGUGCGGAAAAAUUAUCGAAAACCAAAAUUUAAAUAAUGAAUAUGGUACCGCCACGCAGAGAUUAUGCUUUCAACGAGGGCCAGACGACAACGAAGAGAGAUGUGCCUAUACAGUGUGGAAUUACAAGAAAGUGUAUAUGUGCCUUUGCUACGGGGACCUUUGUAACAGAACGACGAGAACGACAAACUUCGCCAGUGGUUUAAUUACGAUAGUCGUUUGCCUAAUACAAUGGCUCAUUUGAGAAUGUGAGACUGACGUUCCGUCGUAAAUCGGCCAAAGUGAUUGAUCUGUAAUGUGCUUUCUCCGUAGGACAUACAAAAAUUUUUAUGAGAAUUAGCGGGCGAUUUCGAGGAAUACGAUAGUGGUGGGAUAUUUUACAUACUAUUAUCAAAGAUCUAAAACAGUGAUCUUAGAAAUAUCGAUCGUUAUC